CGAGUUGUUUCUAGUGGUCGGUUGGGUUUUCGAGUGGCUCAAGUUCCAGUUAAGAAAAUAAAAGUGAGGUUUGACCUACUUUGUCGUUUCUUUUUUCUUUCUCGUAAAACAACAAUGAAUGUUUUCGGAUCUCCAUAGCCCGAAGGGGGUGUUCUAUACUGUUGUAUGGUCAGCUGUGUGUGUGAGAGAGUAAUUCGGUUAGAUGUUUCAUUUCCUGUUGGAGUGACGGACAAAAGCACGAGGAGAUAUGCCCAAAUUACAAAACUACUCUAUACCGUGUUGAACUAAACGAUCAGUUCCCCCCCUAGCCCACUCUUUUUUAAAUGAUCAGAACCCAAUGACAUGACAAAGAAUUUCCCAAGUAAAACUGGUUUUUGUGUCAGACUUGUCAGACGCCAUGCACAUUUUUCUUGACUUUCUUUUAAUAGAAAAUGUGUGUGUUUAGUUCGCUUCCUUUUACGUAUGCGUCUGCUGCUUUUUCGUAGAAAGUUGGCUGCUUGUGCAAAUGUCAUUGUACUGUAGAGGGCGGAGUGUAGUCCGAAUAUGAAAGCGGCUAGUCUUGUUUCUCGGCCCAUUUUUUCGACUCGGGUCAAAUGGCCGCUUCAACUUUCGACCGCUUUCUCUCUACAACAGAAAAAGAAUUUUCUCAAAAAACAUGCCGACGCUUGCGCUGUGCUCUGCUCCAUUACGCUAGAAGCGUUAUUCGACUAAAGGGUAGGGGGGGGGGGGACCAUCAGCUGAAAACGUUUCCCAGUCAGUCGAGAUUCAAACGUUGAGCGGUUAGCAACAACAACAAAAAAGGAAAAACAACUUUCUUUUUUUUAUUUUCGAAAAAUAUAGUCGUUUUGGUUUUGUUUUCGAGUGGUGAAACAACCUCGUUCGACUGUGGUUGUUGUUGUUUUGGUGGUUUCAACGUGUGUCCUUGAGUGUGUGUGUGUGCAUUCAACGUUUGAUUCGUCAGCAACAGAAAAAUGGUGGGUGAGAGUGGCGACGUUGGUUCGAAAAGAAACGACCACGAGGACGACGCCACGAUUCCAUUAAAGUCAACUGGGCAGCAACAAUUGCCCACAAGUCCAUGCGACGAUGACGACAUGAUCAAUUCGAGUAAUUACUCUUCGUCGUCGUCGAAAUUCGUCUACGUAUUAGCUUUCUUUAGUGCCAUCGGAGGAUUCCUAUUCGGUUACGAUACUGGGGUCGUCUCGGGUGCCAUGCUCAUAAUUCGGAAAGAGAUGGAAUUGACUAAUGGAUGGCACGAGGCGAUCGUCUCUGCCACCAUUGCAGCCGCCUGGAUUUUCUCGCUAUUCGGUGGCUAUCUCUCGGAUCGACUGGGUCGUAAACCUGUCAUCCUGGCUGCCAGCGUCGUCUUCACGGCCGGUUCCAUCGUAAUGGGAGCAGCCGAUGGCAAAGAAGGGCUCCUAGCUGGACGAAUCAUCGUGGGCGUCGGAAUUGGUUGGAUGUCGACGACCGUGUCCGUCUACAUCGCCGAAACCAGUCCGGCACAUCUUCGCGGCCGCCUGGUGGCCUUCCAGAGCGUCUUGAUAACGAUGGGCCGUUUCUGCGGAGCCUUGGCAUCGGCCGUGGCGUUCACACUCUACCCGCCCGUCACCGGACGCAAAGAGCCCGUCCUUAUGAUGACAACCGACUUGCUAACAUCAACCAAAGCUGCUGGCGGCGCUCAUCACUCUCAUCAGUGGCCAUUCCGUCUUCAAUGGCUGGACGUCUUGAAUUUCUCCAGCCGCAGGUACAUGCUGGGCAUCGCCGCCAUUCCGGCCGUGAUCCAGUUUGUCGGAUUCCUUCUGAUGCCCGAGAGUCCACGUUGGCUCUUUAGUCAUGGCAAACCGGAUGAGGCCCGCAAAGUUUUGCAGCGCAUCCGCGGACCGUGCCACAACAUUGACGACGAACUGGAAGCUAUUAAAGCCUCGGUGGACGAGUCAGAGCGCGAACUCGAGUACCGACGUCAAAGAGGCCAAACGGCCAACGUUCUCAUCCAAAUCCUUCAAAGUCCGCCCGUCCUGCGGGCCCUCUUCCUCGGCUGCCUCCUGCAAAUGUUCCAGCAAAUUGCCGGAAUCAACACGGUCAUGUACUACAGCGCUACCAUCAUUCAAAUGGCCGGAUUCUACGACACGUCCAAAGCCAUUUGGCUGUCGGCCCUGGUGGCCUCCGUCAAUUUCAUCUGCACGUUUCUCGGAAUCUACUUGGUGGAGAAGGUGGGCCGGCGUCGGCUCACGCUCGGCUCACUCCUGGGCGUCGUCCUCUCACUGGCCUUCCUCGCCGUCGGAUUCAUGAUUGUCGAUUCCAACGCUUUCUCCGUCACGGAAUUCUAUAACGACAAGAACGAUCUCUGCAAUUCCGCUUCGGAAUGCAACGAGUGCAACUCCAUCGUUGAUUGCGGAUAUUGUUUCAUGGACGAUCCGGCCAACGGCGGUGUCUCCAAAGGAUCCUGUCUCCUGUCCAAAGAGAAUUCCACCUUUCUCUCCGACUACGGACCGUGCAGCAAUUUAUCCAGCACGGCUGGGCUUAGCAGUAGCAACGCCGCUGGCCAUUCGGGAUUCAUUUACGCUUAUGGAUGGUGCCCAUCAACCUACGGCUGGAUCACCGUCCUGGGAUUGAUGACUUACCUCCUCUUUUUCGCUCCAGGUAUGGGACCGAUGCCGUGGACCAUCAACGCUGAAAUUUAUCCAUUAUGGGCCAGGAGCACUUGCAACAGCAUCGCCACGUCGACCAAUUGGUUCUUCAAUUUCCUUGUUUCCAUGACCUUUUUGACAAUCACCGAAAUCCUCACGCGUCAAGGUGCUUUCAUGUUUUACUGCGCUCUAUCGACCGUUGGCCUGCUCCUCUUUUGGUGGCUCCUGCCGGAGACCAAGGGCCGGACGCUGGAAGAGAUGGAAGUGGUUUUCAGUCGGCCCAGGACUUGCCCAAGGCCCUGGGACAGCUGGAAAAUCAAGAAAUCCAAAACGGGAGACAGCGGCGCUUGCCCCGAAGCGGGUGGUGAAUCCAGCAAGAAUGUCCAAUUCCACGAUUCGAGUCGAAUUUGAAUCGCACCGACAUAUCUCCUUACAAAGGGUAACUACCGAGAGCUUGACCCAAUUUUUUUUUUUUAAUGACGCGUCAUCCCUCGUAUUACAAAUUAAAAUGUUGAUCAGAGGCCACAAGAAUUCGUCGUGCAAACCAAAACCACAAAACACACACAAUUUAAACCAGAUUUUUAUAAUUUUUCACUCUAAUUGUUGUUUCUAUAAAAAUGGAAGAUAGGAACAAGAUCUGCAUUUCUUUUUGCUUUAUUGUGUGAUUUUUUUACUAUUAAGUGCGUCAUUGGAUAUUUCUUUCGUUCUAAAAAUUCGCUUUUCUCGAGUUUUUGUGUUUUUAUUUUCAAUUUCUCCCAUUUGAUUUUUGUUUUGCUUUCCAUUUCAAAUGUGAUGGAUCAUUAUUCUGUUAUUAGCGUGACUGUGUAUCUGUGCGUUUGCGCCGAGAUUUAUAAACGAGAAAUCCCCAGACAAAAAUCCAAAAAGAAUU